ACGAUGGACCACUGAGAAAACGCCCAAGGUUAAUCGAAGUUCUUGAUUCAACGUCUAUGGUGUGGACUGACCAGGAGAAAGAAACCAGAGAGGCAUUGCUCCAAGAUUCUCCAAACGUAAUUGUCAAAGGCGGAUAUUCUCCAGGCAAAUCGAAUUUUCUUAAUUUCGUUAAGUCAGGUGUUUUUUUUGGCAAAUCUACAAACCUUUCAAUGCUUUAUACCUUUCUAAAACUGGUGUCAGAACAAGAGAAAGAACAAAAGCGUGCACUGUUUAAAGGCCUCAAAGUCGCACAAUUUGAUUGGUUUAUGAAGUUGCAUUUAGGCAAUUGGCCUGUGAUUUACAUUAGUUUUAAGGACCUGAAUUAUGAGUCUUGGGAAUCAAUGCUAAGUUCCAUCAGGAAAAGAAUAUCGGACCUUUACCAAGAACAUUGUUAUAUUAUGGAUAAUAAAAAGCUUUAUAAAAAUGAUGAAUCUUUAUUUACAAAAACUCUUGAUGGAACAAUUGAUAAUUCAUAUUUAAUGGAUGCUCUCUCCAGCAUGUCACGCUAUCUUCAUGAGUACUUUGGCAAACAAGCUAUUAUUCUCAUUGACGAAUAUGACUGGUCAAUGGAACAUGCAGGAAACUUUUACGAUAGUGCUAAUUCUUUUUUUAGAUCUAUGUACUCUAUGGUAGCGAAGGUUCUGUUUGUUGGACUGCUUCCUCUAGGCCAAGCAAGUUUCCUUUUUGGACUUAACAAUGUUGUACAUUACCAAAUGCAUAAAUUACCUGGUAUAUACGGCCGUGCCAAAUAUUCAGAUAUGUUUGGAUUCGCAAAAGCAGAAGUCAAGCUUCUUUUAAGUAAAAAUAAUCAGAACUUUGAACUUGAUAAUUUACGCUCCCAAUAUAACGGGUAUCAAACUAGUACCGUAAAUAGUAGUUCGACAGUUACGGUCAAGGAAUGUCUAAAAAAAUGUAGCAAAAAUAUUGAAGAAGAGCUCCAGAGUCUUUACUACUCAUUUUAUUCGUUACAAGAUGAUGAUUCAUUACAAAACCAGGUUAAAGUGAAACUCAUGCCACAUCUCCGAUACGACGUUCUCGAGAAUGAGCCAGAAAUAAAUGCGAUCUACACAUUACUAUGUUAUAGUGGCUAUUUGACCGUAAAUUUCGAUGAUAAAUUUAAUAAUAAAAUUAUCGAUUUCAUAGGGGUAGAUCGGCUAAUGACGAGUGACAUAUUCAACUCGUUAUUCAAGAAAGAUAUUAAGGUGUUUUGCGAACAAUUUCCUGCUCUUUAUAUGGAAAUAAUCUCCUGUUUUGAUAUUGGUGAUUCUAAAAGAGCCAAGUUAUAUGAGAGCUGGUACUAUACAUUUGUCCUUGGGGCACUUGCAAUGUAUCACAGUAAUUAUUAUCAGGUCGUCUCCAAUCGUGAAGCUGGAAAUGGUCGUCCUGAUGUCUGCAUCAUCUCAAUUAACCCAAAAUUUGAUACUUGUAUUAUUUUUGAGUUUAAGCUUGCUAAAUCAAAAGACCAUGAAGGAAUGAGAAAGCUUGCUAUGGAUAGGCUAAAGCAAAUUACUGAUAAGAACUAUCGGUUAAAUACUGCAAGUCAUAUCGAAGCGAUAGUUGAGGUUGCUAUUGCUUUCUUUAAAAAAGACACCUUCGUCUCUGCUCAACUUUUACAACGUAAAAAAGGUGGAAAAAAGGGUAAACUUUCAACAAAUAAUUGGGAUAUUGUUUCAUCAGCUUCUCCAGUUUCUCUGAUAUUAUCAGUAACUUCACAGACGCCUAUUCUAUCAUCUAUUAAUGGUCAAUCUGACAAGGAUGAUAGCACCAACUCUGUGAAUCUAGAACAGGCACAAAGUGAUACCCCUGAAAAAAUUGUUUCUCCCGAAUAG